AUGAUAAAAGAAGAUGAUGAUUUAGAUGAUGAUGUUUUAGAUGAUGGUGAUGAUGAAUUAAAUGGUGAUGAUGAUGAUGUUUUAGAUGAUUAUGAUGUUUUAGAUGAUGGUGAUGAUGAUUUAGAUGGUGAUGAUGAUGAUGCUGAUGAAUAUGAUGACGAUGAUGGUGAUGAUGAUUUAGAUGGUGACGAUGAUGAUGCUGAUGAAUAUGAUGAUGAUGGUGAUGAUGAUCAUGAUUAUGAUGAUGAUGAUGACUUAGAUGGUGAUGAUGAUGAUGAUCAUGAUGAUUACGAUGAUGAUGACGAUUUAGAUGGUUAUGAUGAUGAAUAUGAUGAUGACGAUGAUGAUGAUGAUUAUGAUGAUGACGAUGAUGAUGAUGAUUUAGAUGAUGAUGGUGAUGAUGAUUUAGAUGAUGGUGCUGAUGAUGAUUUAGAUGUUUGA